GUCGGUUUCUCUUCCGAGCGUCGAGCUCCCGCACUCACUCACAUUCACUCAUCGACUAGUGAUGCUCGAAGCCGCCUCUAAUCAUUUCUAUUGUCAGGAUAAUAAUAACGCACUGGCACAACUGCAGCAGCACAUUGCUACAAACAACCGUCAGUAUCGUCAUCACCCAGGAUUACCAACUACUAAGAUAAUGCUGGCUCCUGAACCUCCAGGGCUUCCUCCUUUAGAGGCUAUUUACAUGGACGAACAACUUCGUUUCUAUGAACAAGAAAACGGUAAAAUAUCCUACGGAGAUCUACAACCUAUAGUGUUUGAAAAUGGAGACCAUAUGCCACCAAGUACACCACAAGAUCUUAUGCCAUCAAGCCAAAGACAAUUCAGCUUCGAAGAUAUAGGUGAUUUGGACGUUGAGAAGCCGUGGCAGUUUAAACCUCCAGAUCAGUGGCAAUCAGUGGAUGUCAUUGAUUGGAUAUUUCACUGGGCAGCUCAAAACAGAGUGGACUUGCUAGAUGUAAAUAUGCUCAUUUUCAACACCCUUACAGGACGUGAUCUUUGCCGUAUGAGCAGACACGAAUUCUGUUCCAUUGACAAUCAGUAUGGCGGUUCUCUUUACGAUACAUUACAGUAUUUAAUUGCCCAAUACGGUGCACCAUCAUCAAUGCAGGAACAUUUGUUGCCAUCCGAUCAUGACUUAGUCGAUGAUGCAGAGUGGGACAGAUGCUCUAGGUGGAAUAACGUGUUUUCUAUCGAAACUCAAGGACCAAGUCCAGCUUCUGGGUAUUCUGGAUGCGAUUCUGAUCGUGAAAGCGCAAGUAGCACUUUGAGUACAGUUAACGACAAGGGCGAAAUGUUAAUGAUUUUCAACCCUGCAACAAAGGCUUUUCCAAAGCAACCAACAGCAGCAAUAUGUAUCAAGAAAGUUGGCCGAAGAGGACGCCCUCCUAAGAAGGACGGCAAACUUCGUGGUAAGCAAGGUAAGGGAACGGGUAAACUGUGGGAAUUCAUCCGAGACUUACUGCUGAACCCUGCUACCAACCCAAGCAUGAUUCGUUGGGAAAGAAGAGAAGAUGGAAUUUUCAAAUUUGUUCAAUCAGAUAAAGUUGCUCGCCUUUGGGGAGAUCGUAAACAGAAUCCAAGAAUGACUUAUGAAAAGCUCAGCAGGGCAAUGAGAUAAUAUCUUUGCAAGUUUUCAGGAAGGCAUUCUCAGGUUUGGUGACGGAUCAAAUUUCUUUUCAUGAAUUAAAUGCUGCAUGCUUGCAUGAUUUUUGCUUGCUGAUCUUGAAAUUCUAGAUACAUGUAAUCGGAAAUUUCAGCUUAUGAAGUAAUAUUAUCGAAACUUCUUUUAAAAUAUCGUACAUCCAAAAGGCAGAUUUUUAUUAGGAAGUCCCUUGAGUAUAAAAAUUUACCUUAGAUAUGUAAUUUGCAAAAUUUCGUAUUCCUCCUGCGAAUAUUCCAGGUAUAUUCGUAAUAGGAAAAGCUCUUUAAUCUAACUUUAGACGUAGCAAUAAGUCAGAAAACUCUUUUUCCCGUAUAUCCUUUUUAAUAAGAAAUUUUAAUACACAGUUUGCUAUAAAUAAAACCGACAUUGCCUUCUUUAGAAAUCGGGUAUCCUGUAAUGUUUAUCACGUCAUAUCCAUUUUAAAAUAAGUAGUCAAGUUGUCAUUGCCAUAAAUCAACAAGUUUAGAAAAGGUUUCCAUUGUCGCGACAAUGAAACCCAAUUCUAAGCUAAAUAUUUCAAACGAUAUUAAAACAAAAGAGUUAUUAAAACAAAACACUAGCGAAAUGUUAACUGAACGAUUGAAAAGGAAACGGUUUGAUUCAGAAAAUUAAGUCGUACCUUUAGGUUCUUCAUUAAAGACUCAUAUUAACCAUUUACUAUGAUAUUCAUAUAUUUAUAUAUCUUCUGUGGGUUUUUUUUUUUUUUUGACAUCUUGCGUUGCUACUUAUGUAAUGUUUUCCACAUAUAUUUCUAGAGAGUCCAAAUGAACAGCAGAGGUCCCCCUUUAAACUUUCCCUUUUCAAAAUAUAAGAUCACACAACAAAAUAUUUUAACCAAAUUUCAGUUCAAAUAAUUAUAAGCUCUUCAUCUUCAAUUUUUGUUUUCAUUUUAUUGGUUACAGACGCCUCAUUAUAAAGGUGCCAGCAUCCUAAUGCAGAUUGGCCGGUGUUUGAAAAGACAUAAGCUUCAUAAGGAUGCUCCUGCUUAAAUGUGUGCGCUGUCUUACAAAGAUAGUUUCUAGUUUCAAGAAAGCAACCUUCAUAAGGAUGUGGUCACCUUUAUUCCGAGGCAACGUUAUGAUUUUUGUUUGCAUUUUUGAUUAAUUACAGAAGCAGGGAAGAAGAUAAAUCUUAACUCCAUUUUUGAACAACGGGGACUGUAGUGCCCGCACCUUCGUGAAAUACUCUGAAUUGUCAUAAAACUGUUCGAAACGUUUACGAAAAGUGUUGGAUUAGCAUAAGAAUAACGACGUGCGAUAACUUUCCGUAUCUUUCAGUAACGAGGCAAGAGAAAAAAACGCUUCUAAUUUUCUGUUUAUAACAAUCAGAUUUAAUAUAGAUAUUCAGUGCAUGAAUUAUGGAACGUACUUCAUGACUCAUCAAGAUCCCUAGAAAAUGUGUUUCCCGAUAACCGCAUAUUUGGAGUACAGGAAAAUGUUUAGCAGUUUAUAACGUUUGUUGAGCUAAAUCAAAGCCACUUAGAUAUAAAAAUUAAUCUAGAAACUGUGUUUAAUAGAAGAAUUUCCUGAAGAGCAAGAAUUUAAAGAUUUAAACAAAUUUCAUAAACAGUUAAAAUAGAAGAUAUGAAAAAACGUAGCUUCAAUGUUGUCAUGGAAAUAUCCCAAUAUGUACUGCGGAAUCUUAGUAAAUUGUGAGAUUCUUCUGGUAUCCUUAGGUAUUUUAAGGUCGAAGAGCUUGUUAUUAAAGGACAAUUGCAAUAUUUAUUUAGGGAACUUAUCGCAAAACUCUUCUUUUUCAUAAAACUGUCAGUAAUUCAAUACAGUCUAGUUUAGAACACAAUUUUUCACAACUCACUGUAGGCUAGAAACCGGAAGAAAAUGAAGGACUUUUCAACAGAGUAAUACACAUGAUUCUUUUAUUGCUGUGGUUUAGAUUAUUUUUACUUUUUCUGUUAUU